GAAGAAGAUCUCUUAAACGCUGUCUGCAGGGAAGUAGUCGAGAAGUGGUCUGAAUCUCAGAUCGUUGACGCCAAAGAGAAAAAAGAAGAUGAGGUCCAGGCCAUCGCCAGCAUGAUGGAGAAGCAGGCCAGGAUCGUGGUGAAGCCCAAGGAGGUCUCUCAGGAAGAGAAGCAAAGGAAAGCCGCCCUCCUGGCCCAGUACGCCAACGUGACGGACGAGGAGGACGGCGAGGAUGAACAGGAUGGAUCGAAUGCGACAGCAGUGAAUAUCGGAUCAGAAAAAUCGCUGUUCCGAAACACAAACGUGGAGGACGUCUUGAAUGCCAGGAAGCUGGAACGGGAGCUGCUGCGAGAUGAGUUCCAGAAGAAAAAGGAGCAAGAUAAACUGCAGCGGGAGAAGGAUAAGCUAGCCAAGCAGGAGCGGAAGGAAAAGGAGAAGAAAAGGACACAGAAAGGCGAGCGGAAACGGUAGCUGGGGUUUUCCAGUUGGACUCUCAAGGGAUAAAAUGAAUUACGAAUAUGGUGUGUGUUUAAAAAGCAGCAGAAAUUCUGGGCACGUGGCUGGCAAGUGGUUUUUUGGAAGCGUUUCCUUUUUUUUUUUUAUAUAGCAGAAAAGAAAUUUCAAGCACCUCUUAAACUCAAAGUGUGCCAUGUGCUUGUGGUGUCAAGUGUCCCAGUCGGUUAUUGUGGCCAAUGUCUGUACCAAAGAACGGUGAAGUGAUAAUGUCCGUGUUUGAAAUCAAUCUAUUUUUUCUUCUAACCACUUCAAGAAAGCAAAACGAGAUGUAGGAGAGGGCUUCCACGCCGGCUGUGUCCUCCUCCGGCCUUGGUUUGCAGCGACAGCGUGUU